AACCAUUUAUUCUGGCUUCAGAACUCAAGUCCCGCCUCUGAUCGAGUUAGUGCAAUAAUCUGGGAAGGGAAUGAGUGCAAAAAGAUGGAUAUGUCUGUGCUGGAAAUAAGCGGCAUCAUCAUGAGUAGGGUUAAUGCGUAUCAGCAAGGAGUAGGUUACCAGAUGCUGGGAAACGCUGUCACCAUUGGAUUAGCAUUUUUAUUUGCAAAACUCUUCAGCCAUAUUACUUCUGCCAGGAAAGCUAGGAAAUAUGAAAUACCUCAUUUCAGACUCAAAAAGGUGGAGAACAUUAAAAUAUGGUUGUCACUGCGUUCCUUCUUAAAGAGACGGGGCCCCCAGCGUUCCGUGGACGUGGUCGUGUCCUCAGUCUUCCUGCUGACGCUCUCGAUCGCGUUCAUCUGCUGCGCCCAGGUUCUCCAAGGACAUAAAACUUUCCUGAAUGAUGCUUAUAAUUGGGAGUUUUUGAUCUGGGAAUCAGCUUUGCUACUUUUCCUGCUGCGCCUGGCCUCAUUGGGGUCUGAAACUAACAAGAAAUACAGCAAUGUUUCGAUAUUGCUGACUGAACAGAUUAAUUUAUAUCUUAAGAUGGAAAAAAAGCCAAAUAAGAAAGAACAGCUCACUCUAGUAAACAAUGUAUUAAAGCUAUCCACCAAGUUGUUGAAAGAGCUGGACACACCAUUUCGACUCUACGGACUGACAAUGAACCCCUUGAUCUACAAUAUCACAAGAGUCGUUAUCCUUUCUGCUGUCUCAGGUGUUAUAAGUGAUCUUCUAGGGUUUAACAUCAGACUGUGGAAGAUUAAAUCAUAAGCCGGGUGAAAAGCAUGGACUCUCCCUGGCUGGCAUCAGUACUUGCCCAUCAAGGAAGGAGAUGACUGCAGAAACCAGGGAGAUGCCCACCUGCUAGUUUACCUGCACAGGUGUUCUCGGCCCUGCCACACUGAACGAUGGCGUUCCCAGAGGAGCAAGUCCUUUUCCAACUAGAUGUGCACAUUACAAACCUGCGUUUUCAUGGUUUUCAAAUAAUAUGAAUGGUCGGCUGACUAAAAAGACUGUGUGUGUGACAGUAACACAAGGACAGUUUUCCGAGUUAGGAAAUUUAAAUUCUGAGCCCUUCCGUGCUGUUACAGGUAUAUUUACUAGGAAAUAGUCUUUUGGGUAACUAUGGUAGAAGCCCAAAGCAUGAAGCAAAUAUCUUUUAUUGGAAAUAUGCAAAUUCAGUACUUUUCUAUUACAGUCUAUAGAACUGGAGAUUUCACUUCUCUAUCAAAGAGAGAUCAAACAAGCUAUUUUAGGCUGAAUCCAAAUAAAAGAACUUACUGGAUAAUUUCAGUUUCUAGUUUUUUUGUUGUUGUUGAAGGAAGAAAACCUAUUAAACUGUGAGUUUCUGCUAA